AUUCGCAUGUCGGAGUUGCGGCUGAAGCUUGAGUCACAGAAGAUGGAGCUUGCUGUUCAAAAGGAACUCAGAGUGAAAAAUGAGAGGCUCAUCAAAGAUCUAGAAGACCGCAUUCAGUACACCACUCAUAAACAUAUCGUAUUCGUAUUCGUCCGGUCCUUCAGGCGUAUGGACUCACACAGGGAACAGAUCCUCGCGGAAGUCGUUCCGUCAAUGUGA